UUUUUUUUUUUUUUAUCUUCUUCUGCGCGCCUGCUUGCUCCUGCCAUGGUGAGAGUUAAAUAAUAAAAAGAAACAGCUAAACCGCCGGUUCAAACCAUAAACCGGCAGUUUGAACCGACGGUUUGAGAAAAUCCCAAACCGAAAACAAACCGUCGAAACGACGGUUUCGGUCCCGGUUUCGGUUCGAACCGUAACCGGCGGUUCAAAAACCGGCGAACGGGCGACGGUUCGAACCCGAAUGAGCAAGUCUAACCAAAACUUUCCAAGAAUAUCCAUUGUUUAAAAAAUCAACGUUAACACAGCAGCCGCCCAUCCAUCUUCUUCCUUCCCCAUUCUUCUUUCCCUUCUGCCUCGUCACUCACGCAUCACCGACCGCCGUCGCUGCUACCCCAGCCACCGCAGUCGCCACGGCCGUUCAAGGUUUGAGAAAACAGAAAAAAAGAGAGGAAAAAGUGAGACCGGUGGAGAAGAGCAAGGGGAAGAAGAAGAAAGACAGUGAAUCAAUCUUCUUCUCAAAUACUGUUCAAAGCGGCCAUCUUUUUCUUCUCUGGAUUCUUCCUAUUCAAGAAAGCCAGCUCCGUUGUCGACUUGUCGUUGUCUUAUAAUUGGAGGCUAUUCUUCAACCGUCUUCUCUAUUCGUCGUUGUAUUGCCUGGAAGGAACCCUCAGUCGACACCAUUGCUCAACUCUCACUCUAUGAACAAUUGUUGAAAUGCUUUUUGAAAUUUGAGUUAUUGGACAAACUCGAUUGUUGAGUUGAUCGAAGUUUGAACUUACUCGACAAGUCAUUACGUUUCCAUGGCUGCAAUGACUUCCAAUAAGUCCAACACUGCAGCGGAAAUCAGUCAACCCAAGCGGCAAAAAUCCGAUAGCUACAUCAGGAGACAGAAAAUUGAGCAGCACAGGAAAUCUUUGCCCAUUGCAACAGUUGAAAAGAAACUUCUUGAGGAGGUUAGCAAUAAUGAUACACUGAUUAUUGUUGGAGAAACAGGGAGUGGGAAGACAACACAGCUACCGCAAUAUCUAUUCAAUGGUGGGUUUUGCCGAAAUGGUGGAACCAUUGGGAUAACUCAACCUCGACGUGUUGCGGCCGUAACUGUUGCUAAAAGGGUUGCCGAGGAAUGUGGAGUUACUCUGGGACAAAAGGUUGGAUAUGCCAUCCGAUUUGAAGAUAUGACUUCCAGCUCAACAAGGAUUAAGUACAUGACAGACGGCUUGUUGUUGAGGGAAGCAUUGUUGGAUCAAUAUCUCUCCAAGUAUUCAGUAAUUAUUGUGGACGAGGCUCAUGAAAGAACUGUACACACUGAUGUAUUGCUUGGCCUGUUGAAGAGUGUGCAAAAAGCUAGGUCUCAGGGUGCUCUUGAAACAACCAGUAACGAUCAAACAAAAGAUCAUAAUGGCUUACCGUUGGUAAAAGGGUAUAAUCCUACCAGCAAUUUGAAGCAUGGCCAAGGAAAAAAGUUGCCUGCAUUGAAGUUGAUUAUCAUGUCUGCAAGUCUAGACUUUGCAAUCUUUUCAGAGUUUUUUGGUGGUGCAAGGGCUGUUCAUGUCCAGGGGCGCCAAUAUCCUGUUGACACAUUAUACACCUAUCAACCUGAGACCGAUUACCUAGAUGCAACAAUGAUUACCAUUUUUCAGAUUCACCUGGAGGAUCAACCGGGUGAUAUACUUGUGUUCUUAACUGGCCAAGAAGAAAUAGAAUCUAUGCAGAGAUUAGUCCAAGAGCGCCUCCCAAAGUUACCUGAGAGUAAACAAAAUCUUUUAGUUGUUCCUAUAUUUGCAUCUCUCCCAUCAGAGAAACAGAUGAAAGUUUUCAUGCCAGCUCCAACUGGAUUUCGUAAGGUCAUAUUGGCAACAAAUAUUGCUGAGACAUCUGUGACAAUACCUGGAAUCAAGUAUGUCAUUGACCCGGGAAUGGUUAAAGUACGCACAUAUGAUGCUUCUACUGGAAUUGAACCUUUGAUUAUAGUUACAACCUCGAAAGCACAGGCACUUCAGAGGAGAGGGCGAGCUGGUCGUGAAGGACCUGGGAAAUGCUUUCGUCUUUAUCCAGAGAAUGACUUUUACAAGCUGAAAGAUUCCACAACACCAGAAAUUAAAAGAUGCAAUCUUGCAAAUGUUAUUUUGCAGCUGAAAGCGCUGGGAAUCGAUGAUAUUGUUGGUUUUGAGUUCAUUGAAAAACCAGACAGUAUGGCUAUCAUCAAGUCAAUGGAAAUGCUAUUCUUGUUAGGUGCUCUAACAGAUGAAAGUAAAUUAUCAGAUCCAGUUGGUCACCAAAUGGCGAGACUUCCAUUGGAUCCUGUUUAUUCUAAGGCGCUCAUUGUUGCCAGUCAAUUUAAUUGCUUUCAAGAAAUGCUGAUAAUUGUCGCAAUGCUCUCGGUUGAAUCCAUAUUCUACGCACCACGUGAAAGGUUGGAAGAGUCGCGGAUUGCAUUGAGAAGCUUCUCAAGCCAAGAUGGAGAUCAUCUGACCUUACUAAAUGUGUACCGUGCCUUUGAUGAAUUCUCCGAGAAGGCUAAGCUCAUAAGCAGCGAAGAGAAAGCUGCAAAGAAUCUCAAGAAAUGGUGCAAAGACAAUUUUAUUAAUUACCGUUCCCUAAAGCACGCCCAAGAUAUACACAGCCAAAUACAAAGGAAUGCCGAGCAAAUGGGUUUGGCUGGAACUUCAUGUGGAGACGACAUGCUUCCACUCCGUAGAUGCUUAGCUGCUUCAUUUUUUCUCAACGCGGCAUUGAAACAGCCGGAUGGAACUUACAGGGCUUUGUCAAGUGGUCUGACUGUUAAGAUCCAUCCUUCGUCUGUCCUGUUUCGGAUGAAACCGGAGUGCAUCAUUUUCAAUGAAUUAGUGAAGACAAAUCAGAAUUAUAUCCGAAAUGUUUCAGUCAUAGAUUACUUGUGGUUAGCCGAGCUGGCGCCUCAAUUUUAUAGCCUGCAGGAGUGAGAAUUAAUAGGUUCUGCCGCCGGCAUAUUUGGCGACAACUCUUACUACAAAAUACUCCGUCUCUCUGGACUGAAGAGGAGGAUAAGUCCGGGAAACUAACCAAAGAUUUUGAAGGUACGCCGUUGUGGUCGAAAACUAAUUAUUCGGAAAAAGAUGAUGGAAUGCAAUAUCUAUUUGAAGGUAAGCUUGUUUUGAUAUUGUUCAAUGUAUAUACUACAAUUUUGAUUAAUUUAAAUUGACAGAACACAUAUAUAUCUUCAAAAUUGAAACA